GGAGAGAGAGAUUGUGUGUGUGUGUGUGUGUGUGGGAGGAAUAUGCUGUUGCCAGGGAACAGCGUUGAACUAGAAACGUCCAAUUUUUCCAGCUUGCGGGAGGAUUGAAACAUGUUACAUCAUGGAAUCAAAAUAUUCUGAACGAGGGGCGAAAGACAACAGCUGAUCCCGACUCCCUGCAGCCAAAGAGAAUCUUUGAGAAGGUACGCAGGUGUGAUUACAUAACCACCACAACACCAUACGGGUGACAUCACCACAUCAGGAUUAGAGCCCGGGGGCAUUAGUGGUGGGAGAGGGAGGAGGAGGGCAGUGGCAGGAUUCAGCGGAGACGAGCAGGAGUGGAUAUAAAGAGUGAGCAUCAGAACACGAGCUGAAGGCGCAGUGCGAGGAUUAUCCGCAUUCCAAAGUGGGAUCUGAUUCGCAGACGGGACUGAAACCAUGAGAGCUGGAUGGCGUUUGAUGUGUGAUGACCCUGACUUUCCUAACCGUCCUCUCCGCAGGAGGAUUCAAUUUCUCUCUCAGCCUCCAGUGGAAGCAUAAGCGAGGAGCAAGAAGCAUCCAGCAGCACUCCAGUGGCGCACCUGCAGAUGUGGAGAAGGAUCGCCCUCAGUCUGCUCUGGCAGAUCUACGCAGUAGGAAGACAAUAACGAGAGACAUCUGAGGGCCAAACAGGGUAGCCUUCAGGAGGAAGUCUUCCUAAUUGCACAAGGUGAAGCCGGUCCUCCCUGAGAGAGGAUGGGCACCGCAGAGGCCACUUUACGCAUGGACAGCAUGGAGGUUAAAGAUGAGUGGCAGGACGAAGACUUCCCCAGGCCGCUACCAGAAGAUGGAGUUGAUUCUUCAUGUGGCCUCACUGACCACAGAACCAAUCCUCCCACCACCCUGAACGUCGGCGAGUCCCUGGCCCAGCGCAAGCGCCGCACUCUAGUCGCCCCCGACAUGAACCUCUCCCUGGAUCAGAGCGAGGGGUCGGUGCUCUCUGAUGAGUUUCUGGAAACGCCCAACGACCUGGACAUCAACCUAGACGACAUUGAGACUCCCGAUGAAACCGACUCUCUGGAGUUCAUCAACAAUGGCAACGACCUGGAGUGGGAAGAUGACACUCCUGUGGCCACGGCCAAGCGUCUUCCAGGUGAAAGUGAAGAGGAGAGAGACUCAUCUGGUCGCCUGUGGCGAACAGUGAUCAUCGGCGACCAGGAGCAGAGGAUCGACAUGCUGGUCAUCAGACCAUACCUGAGGGUCGUCACACAUGGAGGUUAUUAUGGUGAGGGUCUGAAUGCCAUCAUCGUGUUUUCCGCGUGCUACCUUCCUGACAGUGGCUGCGAGGACUAUACGUACAUCAUGGAGAAUCUCUUCCUGUACGUUGUGAGCAGCCUGGAGCUGCUGGUGGCAGAAGAUUACAUGAUUGUCUACCUGAACGGAGCAACGCCUCGCAGGAAGAUGCCUGGCAUCAGCUGGCUGAAGAGAUGCUACCAGAUGAUCGACAGGAAACUGAGGAAAAAUCUUAAGUGUCUCAUCAUUGCUCACCCAACGUGGUUCAUCCGGACCGUCCUGGCCAUCUCGAGACCUUUCAUCAGCGUGAAGUUCCUGGAUAAGAUCCGUUACGUUCACACCCUGGACGAGCUCAGCCAGAUCAUCCCCAUGGAGCAUGUGCAGAUCCCCGAGUGUGUGCUGCAGUACGAUGAUGAGAAGAUACAAGUACAAAGAGAAAGACUUCAGCAAGAGAAGCAGCAGAAUAACUCUACGCAGCCUAAAGAAAGGCCAAAGUCAAUGAUAGCAGAGCUUGGUCAUGACAUCUGACAUUAAGAGGUGUAAAAUGAAGAGCCAAUGGGGGACGUUCCUGCCGACACAACCAUCACGCGGGUGUUGCACUAGAUUUAAUCUCCUGACUGGAUCCGUUAGCUGCAAGACAAUCCCUUUUCAAAUAAUACAUUUUCGGCAAUACGAUUGCUUCAAAUAAAAAGUUAAUAUGCUCCAGAGUGUUACACAAUGAAGCUAAAUGAAAAGGUAUUUGCAUGUUAAGUUGAGUUUAAUUUACAGCAUGACUUUAGGUAAAUGAAUGAAAAGACUCCAUCUUAGUCAGACAAGGCUGAGAAUAUCGUCCGUUCCAAAGUGUACAUACUUGUAUAGAUAUUUUCAAGAAAGGUGUUUGCACAGAUAUUUCUUUCUUUUAAUAUGAGUGGCAUGGUUAUUGUUUGAUUUCAUGGGAGUUUACCAAAAAUUAAUGUGCAAUGAUAUUGUCUUCUACAGUAGAUGUUACUGAUGCAAACGUGUGUUACGGUCUUCAACUUUUCCAGAGUUUGAUAUGCAGGUGGCAUGCUUGUAUACCAAAUCUGUCUUAUUUAUUUUUGUUAUUUCUCAUCUUUCAAAAUGUACUUUUACAAGAUGGAAAUCGUACAUUGUUGAAAAUCAAAUAUAUUUGAAGAAAGAGUCAAA